GAGGAUAGGCUGAGCAGUGCCCACUAUGUUCUGCAGUCCUGUGCUGCACAUCCCCGUGGACCUCGAUCCUGGGAUGGCAGUUCUUUUUCAUCAGUGUUUUCAUCUGACCAAGGGCUAAACGUCUACUUACCGAUCUGGCAGUGGGCAUGACUAAAUGCUGGCAACAUUUCCAAAGGAAAUACUUCUAUAAUCCGAGAGCAAGUCUGUAAGCUUCGCCUGCACACUGCUGCCUGGGAAAAGUGCCUUGUGUAAAGCUCUCCAGAGCUGGAAAUACUGCAGUACCUCUUCUACGGAGCAUCAGUGAUCACAGAGGAGGGGGAGACUUAUUGUCAGCUAAGGGACUCUUUUGUCUGUCCAAGGAAGGCAGCCAGGGAGGAAGAUUUCACCUGAUCUGUUCCCAUGAAUGUAUAACAUGAAAAACCUGCUGAUGUCGAUGUUUAUAUAGACUUUCUCCAUUCCUCCUUGGUCAAGACAUCAUUUUCGUUGAAAUGUCCUGACUGAUGUACAACAGGCUGAAAGGCAGCAGGAUGAAUGUAGAGAAUGAGGAGGAAUCAACUAGGAAUGGAUAUGGGUCACCAUUGCUUUUUGACAGUGGUGAUGAUGGCAAUGGAAAUGCUAGUGCAGAGAAGCUCCCUAGGUGCUUAAAAUUUGAACAAAACCUAAACUCUGUUGCUCCUGCUAUUGCUAUAAACGAUGAAAAGGGGGAUUCUCUCCUAAAGGGUCACAAUGGACUGGAACUGGAGGAUACUGUGGACUAUAUAAAACAAAUCUAUGAUGACAGUACAACAAAAGCUACAAGUUCAGCACAUUUGCACACAAUAGAGCUGGAUGAAACUGUGGAUUAUGUUAAUAAGGAAUCCUCUGAGAAAAUGGGUUUGUUCCCUUUGCUAGCACAACGUGAAUCCAAGCACAAUAAUGAGAAUGUAGAGGAGUCUAUGCCUUAUAUACAAAAAUCAAAUGAAGCAAGCUUUAGGAAAAUUGAGUCUUCCAUGACAUCACAGUUUGCCAUAAAGAAAACUGAUGAACCUUGUGAGCAUGUUCUCAUGGAGCAGGUAGAUAUAGGUGCCCCAUUUUCCAAACACAAGAGCACAGAGGUACCAACACUGAACAUGUUCUCAUUGUCAUGGCACGUGAGUAAUGAAGAAUGUAUGAGGAAAAACAGUCUGGUUUCUAGUAGCUCAGAAAAGCCAAUGAGUGCUUCUUCACUGGAAGGUUCCAUGUUUCAAAAUACCUCAACUGAUGUGUUUUCAGGGUCCUUAAAGUGGACUAACAAUAUACCUGGUGGCUGUGUGAUUGGUGAACAAUCCCCUAAAGCCUUGAGUUAUUUUGAAGUGCCUCCGCAUAUUUCCAAAGAACAAGUGCUGAACCAUAUGGGUGUAGAAUGUGUAGGCCAUGUAAGUGACACAGAUGAGACCACUGGAAAUACACUGAAAGAGGACAACAAAGUGGUUAACCAGGACCUAAACAACAUUGCCCCAGUCACCGAAAUAAAAGAUUUUAACAAAAACAUAUGUUCUGCUCCCAAGGCAGAAGCCAUAAAUCCAAUUCCUGGUAUAGAUGAAAAUGCCUUGAAGCAUACAAACCUAAGUGGUGGAGACACCAGCUCUGUAAAGUCUUCUGGAGGAAUGGACUCUCUAAGCUCAGAGUCUAAAGACUUGUUAUCUAACCUAACUUGGAACAACUGUGAGGGUACAUUCUUGGUAUCAAGUCCCUGUUCACAAACUGAUGUGAAGACAUAUACUUCUACACCUCUGCCAGAGUCAAAAAAUAUGACUUUCUCUGUUCCACUGCUAGAAGAUAUUGGACCGCUUAAUAAACCAAAAAAUUCUGAUUCUUCAAAAGAUAUUAACCGGGUAAAUGCACUAGAAACUGUUAAAUCUUGCCUUGGAAAUGGUACAUUAAAACAAGCAAACAGGAAGCCAACCAUGGCACUUUCUGUACCAAAGGGCAAGAAAAACGAAGUGUUAAACUUUCCCAAACCCAACUUUAAAAACGUCAAGGCAAAAGUGCUGAGUAGACCUGCGUUAACAGUGAAGGAUUGUCCUCCGACGGCUUCAAAACCUUCUCCAAGGUCCCCGCAAUCUCAUUCUAAUGUAUCUUCACCUGUAGCAUCACCUCGGGCCCCAGCUUCUGCCAUCAAAACAUUGAAGAAAAAACCUGUUCCUGAUCAGGACCUGAAAACAGAGGCUGCUAUUGCUAAAUCACAGAAGCAACCAAUUAAUAAGCAGCUCUUCCCUGGCCAACCUCCACAUGCCCCAACCCAUACUAAAUAUGCUUUAGGUAAAGUUACCAGAACGGCUGCAUUGAAGCAGUCACAGGAUGAGAUUGAGAGAGCAAGUUCUUCAAAUUCACUACGCGCCUCCGGAUCAGCUGCUGUCUCAACCUGUACAGCCAGCUCCAGAGUGACAGAACACAGGGGAGACAAGGCAAAGACCGUUCUAAAGACUGUUGUGGUGAAUGGUAUGCACAUGGGGCCAGAGAAAACGGAGCAGAAUGGCCUUAUUGAUGCUCCCUAUGAAAAAACUGAAUUCAAAAAUGAAGGCUGCACUUCUGGUGAUAUAUUUGGCAACGUAUCGCCAUUUUCUACAAGGAUAACCACUCCAAGCAAGAAUUUAUCUAAGGAGCUGUUGUCUUGUCUGAAGAAUACAACCUCUCAGGUCUCCACGGCCAAAGCAAGACUCCAUUCUGCUGAGCUGAGACGAGGAAGUCUGACAAAAAAUGUCACUGUCCGAGUGUCCUCUCCUCCUAGAGGGAACCAGCAGCCAAGUGUAAGGAGCACUGCGGGAGGUCUGACUUCUCCCAAAGGAAGGUCUAGUGUUGUAAAACCUUCAGCUGUGACAAGAUCUCUGCCUAGAACAAGAGUCCCAAUCAAAGGACCUACGCUCCAGAGGACUCCUAGUGUGUCUUCCGUAUGCAGCACCCAGAGUGAUCACAGCACUUUGAGUACCAGGUCUACAACUGCCUCAAGUAGUAUAAAGACUGAUGAUGUUCCUGCAAAGUAUAUAAAGCAAAAUGGACCAGCUGGGACUUAUGCCACAAAGGUUACUUUCCCAAGAGCCAGGUCACAGUCUCUGAAAGUCACACAGACUGCUGGUGCAAAGAAAAGCCCAAUUUUACAGCAAGGAGUCACAAAACCAUCUGUCUCCUCAGGGCUGUUAGGAAAGCGGAUAGAAACUAAAGCUGUUAAUGGAGUUGAUAGAGGCAAGCAGAAGACAGUCCCAAGAGGACCGGUUACACAGGCACAGGCUGCACCUGUUAAUACGCAGGCUCUUGAGUUGGCACAAAGCAAGGCGGUAUGUGAAGAGCAGAAUGGCAUCAUCCAGCAGCUGAAGAACUUACUGAAAAGCAGCAAUCAGAGGUUCGAGGCUCUAACGGUGGUCAUCCAGCAUGUACUCAACCAGCGAGAAGAUGCCUUGAAGAAACGUAAAGAGCUUUCUCAGGAACUUCAGAACUUGCGGGGAGACUUGGUCUCUGCAUCCAGCACAUGUGACAAGUUAGAGAAGGAGAAGGGUGACCUGCUUAUAGCCUAUGAAGGCAUUCUGCAGAAGGUGAAGGAUGAACACUUUGCUGAGUUGAAUGAGCUGGAAGAGAAACUCAAGCAGUUCUACACUGGCGAAUGUGAGAAACUUCAGACAAUCUUCAUUGACGAAGCUGAGAAGUACAAGACUGAGCUUCAGGAAAAGGUUGAUGACCUCAACACCACUCAUGAUGCCUACAGACAGGCAGCCGAGACUAGUCAUGCUGAGGAUUUAAAAAACAUAAAGGAAGAAUAUGAUAAAUCUUUAAUUGAACUGAAAGAGAGUCAAGAGCGAGAAAAUAAGACGCUGGAAGACUCCUUUAAAGAAAAGCAGACAGAGUUAGAGAAAAAAAUCGAAGAGAUAAGACAAGAGAAUGAAUCUUUGAAAGAGAAGCUGAAAGCUGAGGAGGAACAAAGAAAACUAUCCAAAGAAAGAGGGUCACAGAAAAACCCUCAGGUGAUGUAUCUUGAGCAGGAGCUGGAGAGCCUCAAAGCAGUAUUAGAGAUAAAGAAUGAGAAAUUGCAUCAGCAAGACAAAAAGCUUAUGCAGAUCGAGAAGCUGGUUGAGACCAACACUAUCCUGGUGGAAAGACUGAACAAAUGCCAGCAAGAAAAUGAAGAUCUCAAAGCUCGAAUGGCAAAUCACAUAGCCCUCUCAAGGCAGCUGUCCACUGAGCAAGAAGUAUUGCAGAGGUCUCUAGAGAAAGAAUCCAAAGCAAACAAGCGUCUCUCGAUGGAAAAUGAAGAACUUCUCUGGAAGUUACACAAUGGUGACCUAUGCAGCCCCAAAAAACUGUCACCAUCUUCCCCUGGUAUUCCCUUCCAUCCACGGAACUCCGGAUCGUUUUCCAGUCCGACAGUGUCACCCAGAUGACACCACUUUAUUUUCAUUAAAGAUUAAAAAAAAUUCUCAGACAUUUCAGGACGUCAUGGUGAGAUUGCUUUGGACAGAUACAAUGGAAACUAAGGCUAUAUUAGCUACCUAACCAUUACAAGAUGACUGGAAUUUGGGAACUGGGUUAAUGGUUCUGUAACCCACUGGAAUUAGAAGGAGCAACUGGAUAAUGUUGUUCUUUCAACUUAAAGAGAAGACUUUAUGGUAAAUAUAUAUAUAUGAACAUUGUUGCACAAAGCACUUACCUAGCAAGAUAACUAUUCUUGCAUUUUUGCCUUUUUUCACCUAGAGUAAGUACAUAGGGAAAAAAGCUCAGGGCCUGUAGAUAAAUCACAAACUUUAUAAAGUUUCUUUAUUCACCUGUUAAGUGUUUUUCCCCAUUGGAUAGGGUGCUUGUGAAGUGAAUGAGAUGGAUGAUACACACACGGCUUGUCUGCCUCAUGCUGCCUCCUUUAGUGUGUUUUUGGUUUUGUUUUUUGUUAUUUUUUUCAUAUAGUUUUUUUUUCUUUUUUCCACCAUAUAACUGUACAGGAAGCUUAUGAAAAAAUUUUAGUUCAAUGAAAAUUUGAGCUUUCCGCACAAUGUAUAUCUGCCUUUUAGAGCGUCAGAACACUAUCCAUUUAAUAGAGGUUAUUUGGUUUUGACCUUGUGACUCUCUCAACCCCUCUAAUGUAGACUUACUGACUAUAUGCCUUUGUGAAAUAAAAUGUCUGCUGCUUCUCAUCUGUAAAUACAGUGAAUAUCCAUCUCCUACAAUGUUAUAUGUAUUUUUGGGACUAUGCAAAAAGCACCACAUUGGUGUUGUACCAUUGGCCUGCAUUGUUACUUAUUUGCAGUUACGACUCAUUUCGACUCUAGUGCAAAAAAUGUCUCCGAAAAGCUAUUGAGAAGCGAGUCAUGUCAUAAGAGAAGGUAAUUCCCAUCUGUCAACACAUACUUCAUCUUCAAGUCACUAUUUUUUUUAACUUUAAUUUUUUACCACCUGGAAAAAACCCACCAGAGACGACAGCCGACCCGGAACUGUUGAGACAUUAAUUUAUUUUUUUUCAGUUUACUACCUGUUUGUUGAAAUUAAAUAUAACUUCUUUCAAGCAUUUCCAAAAAAAAAAAGUUUUCCAAAGAAUUUUAUAAAAGCCUAAAAUAAAUGUUUUCUGUUCUGUACGUUUUUUCUUGUGUUUUGUAGCUCAAUUUUUAUCCAUGCUGUCUUUCAGUAUGUUGCAACUUGGAUAUUUCAGGCCUGUGACCAACAUGUAUUGGUUUGUAACCCUGAUUGUUCUUGCUGCAGUUUUAAUUUUCAACACCAAUUUGUCAGAUUUGGGCACGAAAAAGGAAAUGUUGUGUAUUUUUGAUUUUUCAGCUUUAUUGUGUCAUAUUUCAUCUGUAUCAUGCAAAUUGUGUGUAGCUUCUAGCAUACUUGGAUGUAAAAAGAAAUAAAGCUGUAGUUGCUUGGUUUGUUAUGAUGGAAAUAUAUUCUGAUGUUUAAGAGAAUAAAUUUAUUGGUGCAAUAAUUUAC